UACAUCGACACCGGUUAGAUGUCAACACACGUGUUUAAUAAAAACAAGUUUUAUUGCGACUUCUUCCCUGGGGUUACUGUAAAGUGGUGUGGGGAACAAAUCUGUACAAGACUGACUAGUUUGAUUCAUAUCACUGUCAUUUACGAUGGCAGAUAAUCGGUGAAAAUUAUUCUGUUUCUCAAGUGACCAUACAUCCGGAUCAGGAACAUUUUGGUUUUCAAAAGUUCAAAUUGAAUUGUAAUUAAUACACAUAAUGGAAGAGCAGUCAGAUAAUAAGAAAGCACACAGAAAGAAGUUGUCAGGACCUAAAGCAGCCAGGAAGAGAGCAAAGCAAGAUGUGGACCAUAAUCUUACCCCACAACAAAGGAAUCCAAGAGCAUUUUCAAUACAGCAUGCCAACAAAGCAUUGAAAACUGUGCAGAGAACACAAGAUUUGAAGACCAAGAAGCAGCAUAUUCCUAUUGUUGAUCGCACCCCAUUGGAGCCUCCCCCUAUCAUAGUUGGUGUUGUAGGGCCUCCAAAAGUCGGGAAAACAACAUUGCUGAAAUGUGUGGUGAAAAACUUCACAAAGCAGAGGUUAACAAAAAUACAAGGUCCUGUUACUGUAGUGUCAGGGAAGCAGAGAAGACUGACAAUUAUAGAAUGUAACAAUGAUAUCAGUGCCAUGAUUGAUAUAGCUAAAGUAGCAGACUUGGUCCUUCUGUUGGUGGAUGCAAGUUUUGGUUUCGAGAUGGAAACAUUCGAGUUUCUCAAUAUCUGUCAAGUGCAUGGGUUUCCAAGAAUCAUGGGAGUUUUAACACACCUGGACUCCUUCAAGGACAGCAAGAAAUUACGAAAAACCAAGAAGAGGCUCAAACAUAGGUUCUGGACUGAAGUUUAUCAGGGUGCCAAGCUGUUUUACCUGUCUGGUAUGGUGAAUGGAGAAUACCAGAAGACAGAAGUGCACAAUCUCUGCAGGUUUAUAUCUGUGAUGAAGUUCCGACCUUUGACCUGGAGGACAACACAUCCAUAUAUACUAGCUGACAGAAUGGAAGAUAUAACAGACCCUGAGACAGUGCGACAAUACAGUAAAGCCGAUCGUAAUGUUUCCCUUUACGGGUAUCUACAUGGCACGCACAUGAAAAACAACAUUAACGUUCAUAUACCAGGCUGUGGAGAUUUCUCUAUACAUGAUUUACAGUUCCUGUCUGACCCCUGUCCCACCCCUGAAAAGCAGAAGAAACGGUCACUUAGUCAGAGAGAUAGACUGGUUUAUGCACCAAUGUCUGGCGUAGGUGGUAUUGUUUAUGACAAGGACGCAGUCUAUAUUGACCUUGGUGGAAGUCAUUCACACACAGAUGCACAAAGGGAUGAAGAUGCUCCUCAGCCAAUGAAUGAGCUUGUGUCUUCUAUGAUGUCACUUAACAACCCAUUGGAUAAAAAGAUGACAACAUCACAGGUGUCACUAUUCUCUGAUGGAAUCAAAAGUUCAGAAAUGCUUGUUGAUGAUGACAGUGACCAGGAAGAUUACAGUGGAAGUAGGCAGUUUGAAACAGUAAAGGCUGAUGGUAGAGUGAGGCGGAGGGCAGUAUUUGAUAAGGAAGUUGAAAAGGUGAAAGUUGAUGGUAGUGAUGAUGAUGAUAUCUCAGAACCUGAUGAUGAUGAUGAGGAUGAUUCUGAUUCUGAUGAUUCUGAAGAAGAAAGUGAUGAUGACAAUGAUGAUGAUGAUAUUACCAACAAGAAGCAGCACAAACAGAAAGACACAAAGAGUAAGCCUCUUCCAGAGAUGGAUCUUGCAUCUGAUGAUUCAGAUUCUGAUGAAGAGGAAGUACAGAAAAUGAAAAAGUUGAAACCCUCAGAUUACAACAGUGAUGAAAAUGAUAGUGAUGAUGAUGAUGAUGAUGAGGUUGAAAGUGAUGAUGCAAGUGAUAAUGAAAUGAGCAGAAGUAAAAGGAAUAAAAGUUGUAAAAGCAAGAAUAUUGAUGAUGUCAACAAGGAUGAAAGUGAUAGUGACGAAAAUGAAGAAGAUAGUGAUGAUGAUGAGGAGGAGGAAGAGGACAAUGAGGAUGAUGAUGAUGACAGUUGUAAUAAAUGUGAUAAUAUUCAAAAUUCAAGUAAAAGCAAUAAAACUGGUAGUGAAAGUCUAGUUAGCAGCAAACAAACUAGUGCUAAGAAAAAGAAGUUGAAUGAUACACCAAAUUCUAAAAGAAAAACCAGUAUUAAGGAAGCUCAUUCAAGUGUAGAUAAAUUAACUAGUAAAAAUGAAAAGUCAGAAAGUCAAGGAAAUGAAAGUAGUAGUGACUCUGAAAGUUCAGGUGAAAGCGAUUCUAGUGAAAGUGACAUAGUAACAUUUAAAACUUCAAAACAAAAAUCACCUGAACAGAAACUUAAUAAAACAAGUGAUCCCAAUGAAAAGAAAGCUUCUGGUGAUAGCAUAAAGUCAGGAAAAUCAUUGUCCGAAAAGUUAUUGAGUCUGUCAGAGACAGAUUAUUUUAUGUUGAAUGCUAAAAAGAAAACGGAAAAUGAAGAUGUAUCAAAAGUAGAGGAAAAAGUGAUUGGUGAGGCAGAUGAAGUGGAAGAUGAGGAAGAUGAAGAAGAAGAAGCAUCUGAUAUGGAACAAGAUGAUGAAGAGGAUGGAUCAUUUAGAUGGAAACAUGACCUCGCUUCCCAGGCAGCUGCUAACUUCAGACAGAGACAAGCUGGUAGAAUCAACUACAGAAAACUAAUCUACGGAAAAGAUGAGACAGGUGCUGAAGAAGCUGAUCAAGGUGAUGAAGAAGAUGAGGAUGAGAUUGGUGGACUGUUUAAGGUGCUGAAGGAGAAGAGCGAGGCUCAAGCCAUCGAUAGAGUGGCUGUCAACAGUACUGACUGCUCUAAAUGUCUAAAAAAUACACUUAUCCAGUUAGAUAUAGACAAGAUACAAGAGAUGAUAGCAGAUUGUUUUGUCACUGGGAAAUGGGAUGAGGAUAAAGAUGCUGAAGCAUUGUUACAGAAAGAUGAUGAGUUAUAUGGAGAUUUUGAAGAUCUUGAGACUGGAGAACAACAUAAAGGAAAAAAAGAAGCUGAUGAUGAUGAUAUUGAUGAUGAGGAGGAAUUGGGGUCAGAUGGAGAGAAAGAUAAACAACCUGAAGAAGUGAAGAAGAAAAAGUCUGAAAUGACUGCUGAGGAGAGGCGUGUGGAGAAAAAACGUAAAUUGAAGGAAAUGUUUGACACCCAGUAUGAUAUGAAGGGAGACACUGAGUUCUAUGAUAAUUGGAAAGAGGAGCUAGAACAACAGGCUAAGAUGAACCGUUCAGUGUUUGAGGACAUGGAUGAUGAUUUACGGGUUCAGUAUGAGGGUUUUAGACCUGGCAUGUACGUAAGGGUAGAGAUACACGGGGUCCCGUGCGAGUUUGUCACAAACUUUGAUGCUACAUACCCAGUCAUCCUAGGAGGCUUGCUCAGCAUAGAAAAUACUGUUGGUUAUGUACAAACUAGAUUGAAAAAGCAUAGAUGGCACAAGAAGAUACUGAAGACAAAAAAUCCUCUCGUUUUCUCACUUGGUUGGAGAAGAUUCCAGUCUAUACCCCUGUACUCUAUACAGGAUCACAAUAUGAGGAACAGAUUACUGAAAUAUACACCAGAACAUCUACAUUGUCAUGCAUGUUUCUGGGGUCCCAUAACUCCUCAGGGUACUGGUUUGUUAGCUGUUGAAAGUGUUGCUAAUGUAACGGCGGAUUUCCGUAUAGCAGCUACAGGAGUUGUUUUAGAGUUGGACAAGUCACAGCAGAUUGUGAAGAAGUUAAAACUAACGGGCACACCACAGAAAAUAUACAACAAAACUGCUUUUAUCCAGGGUAUGUUCAACUCUGUGUUAGAGGUUGCCAAGUUUGAAGGAGCAAGUGUUCGUACUGUAAGUGGGGUGAGAGGCCAAAUCAAGAAGGCAGCUAAAACACCUGAAGGGGCAUUUAGAGCUACAUUUGAAGAUAAAAUCUUAUUAAGUGAUAUUGUGUUUUUGCGUAGCUGGUACCCAGUUGAAGUUCCUCAGUUUUAUAAUCCGGUAACCAGUCUAUUAUUACCUAAGAGUGAAAAACAAGGCUGGACAGGUUUGAAAACACUUGGUGAAUUACACAGAGAGAAAAACAUGAAACCCAAAUUCUCAGAUGACUCUGUUUAUAAGAAAAUUGAGAGGAAAGGAAAAAGUUACACACCAUUAUCUGUACCAAAAUCCCUACAGAAGGUGCUACCAUUCAAGGACACACCUAAAUCACUUCUGGCUAAGAAGGACCCUGUUCAGCGUGUAGCCAUUCUUAGAGAGCCACAUGAGGCCAAGAUUGCCAAAAUGAUGUCCAUGUUAAAGUCUGUACAUGAGCACAAGAAACGUUCCGAACAUGUAAAAAUGCGAGAACGUGUCGCUCAGCACCAGAAACAAAUGCAAAAGAUAGACCGAGAGAAACAGAAGAAACACAGAGAAGUGAAGAAACAGGUGUUCAGAAUGCUCGGGAAAAUGGAGAAUAGAAAGAGUAAUAAUAAACGGGACUAAAUCAGGGAUAAUUUUUGAUGAAAUGAAAAAUACAUUUUGGAGGUUGACAUUAUGUACCAUAUUUCAAAGCAUGUGCAUAAGAUUUUUUAUUAUAUCUCUUCAUGGUAAAAGGUCUGUCAUAAUAUGAGAUAAUUGAAAAUUUAUAUGAAUUCUGAUGAUUUUAUUUCCAAAACUGUUGUAAAUCAUAUUUUAGAACCCUUCCACUCUUCAUUUACGUGUUGCGAGACAGUCAGUUGAGUUACUUUAUAAAUCCUAACAGAUACAGACCUACUUCUUCCUUGAAGUAAAUUUCUACAUGUACCAACAUAUGUAUACAUUGGUUGAAAUCUUGUUGUAGUUUUUAUAAUUAUGUACAUCAAUGAAUAUGUCUUAUUUUGAAUGAUUUUGUUUAAAUUGAGUGUAUGCAAAGAAGUAUAAAAUACAUAUUAUAGCUCUUUGGUGUAUGUUAUGUCAUGCAACAGACUUCAAUAAAUGAUAAAAACACAGGAAAUCUUUUGAAUUCAAAGCUACUGUUUAUUUCUGUUGUUGCUUCUUGGAGGUACAGUACAUAAAUUGUGAAGACAUC